AUGGGAGGAAAAGGCGGUAGCGGUGGAGGAGGAAAAGGUGGCGGCGGCGGUGGAGGGAAAGGCGGUGGUAGUGGCGGUGGAGGAGGAAGGAGCGGCGGUGGUGGUGGUGGAGGAGGAGGGAAAGGUGGUGGCGGUGGUGGAGGAGGAGGCUACAUGGUAGCUCCGGGAAGCAAUGGGUCUUCUUACAUAUCGAGAGAUAACUUUGAGAAUGACCCAAAAGGUUACUUUGAUAAUCUGCAUGGUAGCGGACAGGGUAGCAAGUAA